GAGGUCGAUGCUUACAUUAGCCAUUUUGGAAAUUCCUGGUUCCGGCUUGGAGAAAUUUUGCUCCAGAAAAAAAAGAUUUUUAAGCUAGACAAUAACGACUUACCGUCCUAAAUGAAGUGGGAAUACAAAGAAGAACAUCCGUUUGAGAAGAGGAGAGCUGAAGGAGAGAAAAUCAGAAAGAAAUACCCGGACCGUGUUCCAGUCAUUGUUGAGAAAGCCCCAAAAGCAAGAAUCGGUGACUUGGAUAAAAAGAAAUACCUUGUUCCAUCUGAUCUCACAGUUGGUCAAUUCUACUUCCUGAUUAGAAAGAGAAUCCACUUAAGAGCAGAGGAUGCACUGUUUUUCUUUGUCAACAACGUCAUCCCACCAACAAGUGCAACAAUGGGACAGCUUUACCAGGAACAUCACGAGGAAGACUUCUUUUUAUACAUAGCAUACAGCGAUGAGAGUGUGUAUGGUACUGACUAAAUACAAACUACACAAUAUGUUUUAUAUGAAGAUAAAAGAGUAAAAUACACCCAUCACCAGACCGGGGCAUUAUUGGAGCAGUGGAACCUAGUUGUAGAACUUACAGAGUACAUGACUGUCUUUUUAUUUGGUUAAUGUAUCGUUAUACCCAAUUCAAAUCUACUGAGAAUACUAACUUUGUCUAUCAUAUUUACACGUCAGUGAAACAUUGAUAUGGAAAGGAUAUGUAAAUAUCCAUGAAGAAAAAAAGUAUUCCCAUUAGAUUUGAAUUUUUAAAAAAACACUGAAUUACACAAAUUGGUCUGCAUCAAUUAUUGCUGAUUUUCAGUCAUUCCCAAGAGAAUGGAAUUGCUAAAAACACAGUGGCCAUGUUGGUUAACAAAACAAAAGAGACUAAAGACAACUUAGGCACUCUUGUUGAGGUCAAAUGAGAGGAAGUUAUGAAAACCAGCAAUAAAUGCAAAAGAUUUCUAUGAUAUUUUAUUGAGCAGUCUACCCUCUUGUUUCUUUCCUUCUUUUUCUCUCUUUCAUCUCUCCUUUUUGCCUUGUUUAUUUCAGCAUUUUUCUUGGUCCUCUAUUCCUCUUUCUUUCCUUCAUUCUUUGUUUCAUUUCUUCAUUUAUUUCUUUUYCCCCCUUCUGCAUGUUGUUGCUUUGGGUAACAGAAACUUAAUUCACCUCCUCAGCUCUGGAGCGCCCAAGCAUAAUGUUGUCCCAUUUCAGACCACAUGUCAUUCCCUUGAGAAUAAUAUUCUUUGUUUAAAYUGUAUCCAUAUUCAUGUGUCUUCUCAUAUGCAACCGAGCAAAGCCUUAAACAAAGAAAUGAUACUCUAGGGAAUGACACGUGGUCGGAAAUGGGACAAUAUUACGUCAGAGCCGAGGAGGUCUAUUGAAUCAUGAAAAGAAUGAAUUCAAUAUUUUAAUUUAACAGCUUGACUGUGAUGCUUUAGUAUAAUUUUCUAAAAAAGUGAAUGCUCAAUAAACUAGAAAUAUAUAGUCUAACAAUUCCCACAAGCUUCAUAGUCAAUCUACUGAAAAAUCUAAAUUUAAAUCUAACUAUAUCAACCAAUCACAUAUGAUAUUACUUAGUGCUCCAUUAUUGCCCCAGCGGUGAAUGGGUAGGGAAGUCUAAAGUGUAUAUGAAUUAUUGACCUCUAGAGGAUAUUAGUAGGUCAUUAAAAUAGACAAAAAUCUUUGUGUCAAGGUAUUUUUGAGCAUUACAGAAUUCUUAAAACACUACAGUGAACUCUCGCCUUACGGACACCCCGAUAUUACGGACACCUUGCUAUUACGGACAUGAGAAAAAUCCCCGACAAAAAUUCUGACAAAGAAAUGACCGUAAAAAGUGUCGCUAUUGCGGACGCUCGCUAUUACGGACAUGAAGUGACGGUCCCGAGGGUGUCCGCUGUAACGAGAGUUGACUGUAUUUUGAUUUACAUAUGCAUGUUUAUAGGAAAUGAUAGAGUACACGUCAUAUAUGGUAAUAAUGUUGUUUGUAGUUGUAACGCUCUAGUGUGCUGUAAAUAAAUUAUGAUACACAUGUUACAGAAAUGUCAAGAAAUUACACUAUUUAAAUUAAAGUGCCUAUAACGCCUAA